GAGACCAGAGGGACUCAGGGAGAGGGAAGGAACAAGUGAUCGAGGGACACAGGCACUUGGAGAGUGGGGUCAAGUUUAGCAGGACUUCCUAACCCAUACCUGGAAGAGGCGGCUGCUGUCCAGUGUGGCCCGAGAGGCAUCAGCCCAGUGCGUGGAGCCUCCACAGCAGCCCUGCUGUGGCUCACAGCUGCUGUCGCCAGGAGCCCCUGAUAAGGCCUCACUCCCUCUCUCCUGCUAAGUUCCUCUCUUGAAACUGAAAUAGGGGCUGGAACUCACUGCACCCGGCGGUCAUGGGACCCAGGAUAGGGCCGGUGGGUGAGGAGCCUCAGAUGCCAGACAAGGACACCAAGGCCAUGAUGGGCACGGAAGAUACACCUGGAGGCAAACCCAGCCCAGACCCUCAGGACUUGCGGCCAAGUGUGUUCCACAACAUCAAGUUCUUCGUCCUGUGCCACAGCCUGCUGCAGCUGGCACAGCUCAUGAUCUCCGGCUAUCUCAAGAGCUCCAUCUCCACCGUGGAGAAGCGCUUCGGCCUCUCCAGUCAGACCUCGGGGCUGCUGGCCGCCUUCAAUGAGGUGGGGAACACCACUCUGAUUGUGUUUGUGAGCUAUUUCGGCAGCCGGGUACAUCGGCCGCGACUGAUCGGCUAUGGGGCUGCCCUUGUGGCCUUGGCGGGUCUGCUCAUGGCUCUCCCACACUUCAUCUCGGAGCCGUACCGCUUUGACAGCACCAGCGCCGUGGACAUGCCACAGGAUUCUGAGGCUUCCCUGUGCCUGCCCACAACCUCGGCCCCAGCCCCAGCCCCCUCCAACGGCAGCUGCUCAAGCUACAUGGAGGCCCAGCAUCUGGCCGCGGUGGGGCUCAUGUUCACGGCACAGACCCUGCUUGGCGUGGGCGGGGUGCCCAUUCAGCCCUUCGGCAUCUCCUACAUCGAUGACUUUGCCCACAACAGCAACUCGCCCCUCUACCUCGGGAUCCUGUUUGCAAUGACCAUGGUGGGACCAGGCCUGGCCUACGGGCUGGGCAGCCUCAUGCUGCGCCUUUACGUGGACAUUGACCGAAUGCCAGAAGGUGGUAUCAGCCUGACCUCGAAGGACCCCCGAUGGGUGGGUGCCUGGUGGCUCGGCUUCCUCAUCUCGGCUGGAGCGGUGGCCCUGGCUGCCAUCCCCUACUUCUUCUUCCCCAGGGAGAUGCCCAAGGAGAAGCAUGAGCUUCACUUCCGGCGAAGGGUCUUGGCAGUUUCAGCCUCACCUGUCAGCAAAGGUGAGGACUCCUCCUCUGAGCAGAGCCCUGGGGAGUCCUUAGAGAAGAAUGAUGGCCUAGCCCAGAUUGCACCAGACCUGACUGUGACCCAGUUCAUCAAAGUCUUCCCCAAGGUGCUGCUGCGGACCCUGCGCCACCCUAUCUUCCUGCUGGUGGUCCUGUCCCAGGUGUGCAUGUCGUCCAUGGUGGCAGGCUUGGCCACCUUCCUGCCCAAGUUCCUGGAGCGCCAGUUUUCCGUCACAGCGUCCUUUGCCAACCUGCUCAUAGGCUGCAUCAGCAUCCCCUUGGCCAUCGUGGGCAUUGUGUUGGGAGGCGUCCUGGUCAAGCGCCUCCACAUGGGCCCCAUGCGCUGUGGCAUCCUUUGCCUGCUGGGGAUGCUGUUCUGCCUGCUUCUCAACCUGCCCCUCUUCUUCAUGGGCUGCUCUACCCACCAGAUCGCAGGCAUCAUCCACCAGCCUGGAGCCCAGCCUGGGCUGGAGCUGUUUCCAGGCUGCAUGGAGCCCUGCUCCUGCCCAUCGGACGACUUUAACCCUGUUUGCGACCCCAGCACCCGUGUGGAGUACCUCACUCCCUGCCAUGCAGGCUGCAUAAGCCGGGUGGUCCAGGAGGGUCUGGACAAAAGCCAGGUUUUCUAUACCAACUGCAGCUGCGUGGCGGGGGGCAGCCCUGUGCUGGCGGGCUCCUGCAACUCGGCCUGCAGCCACCUGGUGCUGCCCUUCAUGGUCCUGGUCGGCCUGGGUGCGACACUGGCCUGUGUCACCCACACGCCCUCCUUCAUGCUCAUCCUAAGGGGAGUGAAGAAAGAAGACAAGACUCUGGCUGUGGGGAUCCAGUUCAUGCUCCUGAGAGUUUUGGCCUGGAUGCCCAGUCCUGUGAUCCACGGCAGUGCCAUCGACACCACCUGUGUGCACUGGGCCCAGAGCUGUGGGCGUCGGGCCGUCUGCCGCUACUAUGACAACGACCUGCUCCGAAACCGGUUUAUCGGCCUCCAGCUCUUCUUCAAGACGGGCUCCCUGGCCUGCUUUGCCUUGAUUUUGGCAGUCCUAAGGCAGCAGGACAAAGAGGAGAGGACCAAGGUGACCAUACCCAGCCCUGGCCUACAGGAGCAGCUGUUAGUGUCAGGGCCAGAGAAGAAGCCUGAGGAAUCCAGAGUGUGAGCUGUCCCAGGGCCCCACCCUGGCCAAGAGUGACAGCCACGGCGAGUACCUCCUCUGGGCCCUUUGCCCGAGAUUGGGUGUCAGGAGCCCUGUUUACCAAUUCUGAAUCCUCCACUAACUUGCUGUGUGAUUUCGGGCAAAAGUCACUGACCCUCUCUGGGCCUUUGUUUGCUCAUCUGAUCCAAGGAGUUGCUUGGGGGUUUGCUGUGGUGGCCACUUCUAAAGCAAGAGGGUCUUCCCUCUUCCUCCUCCAGCCAGACAGGCGGAUCUGAAACCAGGCUUUCCUGGGUGGAAGGACCACACAUCUUUCUUCCAGGCCCCAGGAUAAAGAAGUGGACAAUAGUAAGCCAGGCUGCCCUGCACACAGGAUCCUAGCCCUUCCCUACCAUUCACCUGGAGCACCGUCUUUGAGCCUCAGCCACGAUCUCUGUCAGGUGGAAAUGGACUUGCUAGCAUUCAGGCCUCUUCCAGCUGUGACCAUCUGUGUGGUCAGGAUGGACUCAGGCCUCGCCAGCCCACUCAGCCUGGAGGUGGGGCCAGGACAGCCUCUGUCAAGAAGUGUCCAUUUGGCGCCCCCUGGAGGCAGAGCACUGAGUCCUGAGGGAGGAGGGGAGGGAGCUGGCCUCACACUCAGGACAUCCAGGCUGGGCAGGGCCUUCAGGAAACCAGGUGUGGGGGCCCCA